AUGCCCCAAGUUGUCCGAGCUCAUACUGGUCAGCUCAGACAUUGUCGGAUCUCCAACCGUGUCUUUUCAGUACACGGGCGUCAAGAUGUUUUGAUCGUCCCUUCUCCAUCAAUCGAGCGGCCCUUCCUUGCUAUCGCUCUUCCCGAGUUCGACAUUGCUCUGAUUUUGGACUUUGAUCCGGCUUUCACGGUCUCGUCGAGCAUGAUCAAGGAGCUGCAAAGGUUCUGCCCUCUCCUGACUGGCUAUCAACUUGAGGAUCACAACAGCACCAUCAUCCCCAAGUUCCUCAAGAGCAGAUUCACCGGCAACGGCGACAACAACAACAUCUCCGAGAUUACGUUCAAGUACAGGCACACGACUGUCAAAGGUAUCGCCGUCAUCCUUUUGCACGAGACAUCGUUCAAGACUCUCAUCCCCAGAGGCUGCCUAAAGAUACGAGCCAUUGACCUUCACUACCAUGAGAUGGACAUGGACAUUGUCAAGCAAGGGGCGUGGAUUUGCAAGAACCAGCCAACCCUUCGUGUUAGGAUCAAGGAUCUGGACAUCAAGGACAAGAUCCUCACAGCUGUUGCAUUCUGGCGAGCUGGGUAUCGCAGGCGGUGGCAGAAGAAUAUAACUGGAACCGCGAUGGCGGCAGAGGAACAAGCACAGCAGGGUCGGGAGUUGGACUAG